AUGCCUGCUGAGCGCAAUAACCGCACAAGGAACAACAAUGAAGCUUCUAACUUGGACCCGCGUCGUCGCCCUUUGGCUCCUAGGCACGACAAUUCUCCGGAGUCUGGUCCCCAAAGAGCACCGACCCCUUACCCUCUCCACCUCCAGACCCUAGAAGAGCGCUUCACAGCUGGAGUAAUAGAGAUGCCAGUUCCUAGGCGUCCUAUGCUAAGCUUCCCUUCUCAACAAGAGUCUGAUGACUCUUCUCUAGAGUUCCUUGAUGAAGGCGGUUUCCGUUACCCGUUUCCCCCUUUUCUACCAAAUGUCACUCGUCGACCAUUCCUUAUCCCAGGACCUCCUGACUCAUCCAGCAGCGACGCUGUGGUCCUACACCAAUUCCCCGGUCCCCUGGAAAUUCCCCCCACAUCCGAAGCUACUACUGGAUCCUACCACAUCUUUCCAUCCUCGUCGCCUAUGAAUACCUCGUCAUCCCCUAAUCCUGACAGCCCCCUCGCUGCGACCACCGACUCUCCCAGCAUGCCGCCUCUCGCCUCGGACAUCUCAGACAAUGGUAGUCUUGAUCAUGCACCUAAUCUACGACUACUAGCUAACGCCAGCGAAUACAUCACGGCCACAGAAGGAUACAGCAGCGAUCCCCAGGAGUUUGUAGUCUACAGUGAUGACGUAUUUCAACGACCCUCCAAUGAUGUUACUCGGUACUGGCAAUCCAUACCUUUCGACACCUCCACUCCUAUUCAAGAUGUCGACCCCUUGGAUCGUAUACUCCCUCACUUCCCUGGUGCUUACGCCACCACAGUCACUCGACCCCCUAUGGGUGUUCCUAUUAAUGGGAAUCCAGCUUUUGGAUUGCGCCAAAUUUCAACAACCCCACCCGACGAGUUUGUAGUCUACAGUGACGACGUACUUCAGCGACCCUCCACUGAUGUCACUCGAUACUGGCGAUCCAUUCCCUUCGACACCUCCACCCCUGUUCAAGAUGUCGACCCCUUGGACCGCGUACUCCCUCACUUCCCUGGGGCCUACGCCACCACAGUGACUCGACCCCCUAUGGGUGUCCCCAUUAAUGGAAAUCCAGCCUUUGGAUUGCGUCGAAUAUCGACAACCUCACCCGACGUGCUUCGAGUUGCUGAACCUGUGGGAAAUUGGAACCAAUCGGACAAGGAGUGGGAGGAGAACACUACAGAGUAUCUGCUGACGUGGGACGACAACCUCUUGGAGAGUCUCUGGGCUUCAUUACAGGAUAUCAAAGACACUGGAGUUACCGAUGAAGUUGAUCGUUUCAGGGCUGUCGAUGCCAAAAUCGAUUUAUUACUGGCAGCACGACAAUCGAAGGAUAUAGCAGCAAUCCACAGGAAUUCGUAG